AUGGAAGAUACCUCGGCUGAAAAGGAUAUGCUAGCAGCGUGUCCCAUGAGCUCCGUUGAGCCUCUGACGUCCUUCGAUUGGACUGCGAAGAAACCUCUGAACUUUCGCCCUUUUAAGCCAAUAUACCACAUCACCAUGGCCGUUCAGACCUCGACGCCCGCAGACUUGAUUGUUAUGGACCACAACUACCAGGAUCGCGUCCUGGAACGACGGCAGCUGAUAUCUCAGAACCCAGCUAUCGUUGUAGGAGCCAUUCCACAGGGAAAGGCAGCCGUCGAAGAGCUUUACUCGUUCCUCCUAGCAGACUACCUACCACAGAGGUUCCCUACAAUGUUCUCAAUCUCUGAAGACGGCAAGACAUUUCAGAACAAGGUGACAGGAGCUUCAUUCCCAUCCUUGCCACCAAGUGACUCGGUCGAGGCACUCAGGAGGCUCGGAGAGACAGUCGAGGACGAUAUCUUCCUGCUGCAUGGGACUGAACAGGGCCAUCGCAGCGUUGCGUAUGUCUGCUGCUAUUGUUCUGGGUUCGACCCGUCACAAAAGCUGGAUAAGCUGCUCGUCGAGAUCCACGAGCCUGUGCCGAGCUACGACAAGAUCGGUCCGAGCAUGGAGAGGUACUUCAGUAAGCUGGAAGUUGGCAAGAAUGUGAAGCGUGUGAAUUGGUCUAUUGUAGAUUCUCCCAUCCUCUUCAAUUGUAAAAGCAACCACGUCCUUGAGGAAGACCUAGAGCACAUAAUUGCAGAUGAAGACAUCGAUAUAAGCAAGAAGAAGUCAGAUCAGAAGGACUUGGGCCACAGCUCGCGGAAGCUAUCGACGGUCUAG